UUCUCUAUUAUGCUGAUGAAUGAAGAAGUGCCCAUUAAUUUGUCAUCGUUUAUUAGGCAUCGUGACACGAACAUAAGGUCAGCUCAUCUGUUGACACCCGAAGAGUUACCUCAGCCUGGAACGUUGGUUGCAAUAGACGCAGAAUUUGUUGCUUUAAACCAGGAAGAGACCGAGAUUAGGAGUGAUGGCACGAAGUCAGUUAUUCGUCCCCGUCGUCUUAGUUUGGCACGGGUUAGUGUGUUACGCGGGGAGGGCGCAAGAGAAAACCUUCCGUUCAUUGACGAUUACAUUGCCGCUUCCGAACCCGUGGUUGAUUAUUUGACUGAAUUUUCCGGUAUUCAAGCUGGCGACCUAGAUCAACAGUCUUCAAAGCAUACAUUGGUGCCAUUAAAGGCUUAUAUUUUGGUCCCUUCUAACCAAGUGAUCGACACAGUAGAUAUUUUCCAUAUUAAAAAUAGAGCUCGGUAUGAUAACAUAAUGUUUAUAUUAUCCAGUUCGUUAAAGUCGUCUAAUCGUUCGAUUUCAUUUCCGCGUGCAGGAAAAUAUCACUUAGAUUUUUGGCUUG